CCGAAAAGCUAAAGAAAAACCGCACAAGCCCAUUAGAAAUUUCUCUCCCCUUCCAUUUUCACGACCACAAUCUGCGAACACUACCGCCCACAACCCACCACUCCACGACGUAUAUGUUCUCGGAGCUCUGGCUCCAUUAACGGAGCCUAGCUCUCAUUCACCUAUACAUACACGCACGUGUCUCUAUAUAUCGCUUUGAAUCUACAGCCGUUUUGUUUUCAUUAUAUUUUCAGAUCUCAAAAAAACCAGAAAAAUGACGAACCCUUGGGGGAAAAUCGGUGCAUGGGCAGCCGAAGCAGAGAGAGAGGAAGCCGAAGAGAAAAAAGCCACCGAGGCUGCAGCAGCACAAGCGGCGGCUUCCUCCGCCGCAAGCGGUGGCGAUUCGCAGAGCUUUCCGAGUCUGAGAGAAGCGGCAAGCACGAAACAAAAGAAGAAAACCAAGAUGAGCUUACAGGAAUUCUAUGGCUCAUCUAGCUCGGCGCGCCAGGAGUUAAGCUUGACUCCCGCUGAAAUGAUGCGGCUUCCGACGGGUCCGAAAGAACGGUCCGCUGAGGAAAUGCAGUACGGCCGGCUCGGCGGAGGAUUUUCAAACUAUGGCUCCCGGUCUAGUGGGCCACCAAUGAGUCGAAAUCGUGGGCGGGACAUGGAUGGCGAUAAUUCUUGGGGCAAUAAUCGAAGAUCUUAUGGUGGAUUGGAGAAUGAUCUAAGGGGUCCAUCACCUAGGGUUUCAGAUAUUGAUCAACCCUCACGGGCCGAUGAGGUCGAUAACUGGGCACAAGCCAAAAAAUCAUUACCUUUGGCCGAUUCUGGACGGUCCACUCGGUAUAGUUCUCUCGGUGGUGGUGGUGAAGGAGGAGGAGGGUUUGGAGGGUUUUCUUUGGCUGACGAGGUUGAUAAUUGGGCAGCUACUAAACAGCCAAUCCCGCAGAAGUAUUCGAACUUUGGGUCUGGUUUUCGUGAUUCCAGAGUUGAAAAUGAUCGUUGGAUUAGGGGAGGAAUGGGGGACAGAGAUCAGGAACGACCCAAAUUGGUAUUGAAUCCACCGAGAAGCGAAGAAGCUGUGGUUGAAGUGGUGAAGACGAAUAAGCCGAAUCCAUUUGGGGCGGCGAGGCCAAGGGAAGAGGUAUUAGCGGAGAAGGGUUUGGAUUGGAAGAAAAUUGAUUCAGAGAAUGAGGCUAAGAAGUCGAGUAGGCCAACGAGCUCACAGUCUAAUAGACCUGGGAGCGCGCAGUCGAGCCAUUCUGAGGGGCCUGCAUUACAGGGAACAGAAGGGGCAGUAAAGCCGAGGCCAAAGGUGAACCCUUUUGGGGAUGCUAAACCGAGGGAGGUUUUGCUUCAAGAGAAGGGGUUGGAUUGGAGAAAGAUUGAUUUGGAGUUAGAGCAUCGCGGAGUUGACAGGCCUGAAACAGAGACAGAGAAGAAUUUGAAAGAAGAUAUAGAACACCUAAAAAAGGAACUUGAGAAAGAACCUGCGUCAAACGACAACGAGAGAACUAUGCAAGGGCCUGGCGAAGGCAAAAACAGUAUACAUGAUCUAAUACUUCAAAAAGAAAGGGACUUAGCACUGCUGACCCUUGAAUUGGAUAACAAAGUUCGGUUUGGUCAGAAAGCCAUUGAGCGGCCAGGUUCUGGAGCAGGGAGGGUUGCUGGCUAUUCUGAGAGGCCAAUUGAACGGCCAGGGUCAGGAGCAGGGAGGGUUGCUGGCUAUCCCGAGAGACCACCUUCUCAGUCUGGGGCAUCUGAUGAGACUAGAGGAGUUCAGUUUAUGGAGAGGCCUCGAUCGCGUGGCAGAGGAGAUGCAUGGACAAGGCAUGGUGAUGACAGAAGAGCUUUUCAAGGGGGCGGGGAUAGAGGAUUUUUAGGCAACAGAGACAUAGACAGGUCAAGAUCGAGGGAGAGAUGGUGAACUUCAGCUGUUGUUGAUUCUUUUGAGUUCUCUCUUCCUACUCAUUGACAUUUAGAUAAGCAAUAAUAUAUAUUCUGUCACCUUCGCUGAUUUUUCUGUUGAUUUUGCUCCGAGGAAAGGGGCUAUAGCAGCGAGUUACUGUGACUGAACUCUUGCGUUGAUCGAUUGUUGCGUUUUGAAGCUGUGUAAAAUUGCAUUUUUUUCUCCCUUUCUGUCCAUGCAAGGCAAGGAACCUGUUUUCUUUAUUCUUGUUAAAGACUUUUAAAUUGAAUGCACAUUUCAGGCCUUCCUGGUUUUUGAUUGUGUUCCUCUCUCUUCAUUCUUUUCUCUUUUCCGAACAGCUGUUCUGAGCCAUGUACAAUUUGUAUGGUUUUUAA